UCAGUUUCUUAAAUUCUUUUUCUUUACUUUCAGAUCCCUAUUCAGCGUUACCUAUCGGUUUGAUGGUUUUCAGAACAUUGUAUUAGAAGUUUCCUGCGGCAUAACAUGCUAUAAAAAUGUUCAAAAGUUGGCUGAAGAACUUUUCGAAAGCGAUGGUUGAGCCAUCGAUUACAAACGGCGUAGAGGCGGAGGAUGUCUGGACACCGCUUGCUGAUAAAAAUACUGGUGCGUCCGCUAACGGUAAUGGAUGUCAUGUGAAUGGGCAUGGAGUCAGAGCGAUCGUUAAUGGCCAUAUUGAUGGCGAUCCCAAUGCCAGAGCAGUAAGUCCUGUAGAGGCUGAAGUAGCAGAAAGCAGCACUUGCGGCAUUUUUUCGUUCAGACCAAGGUGGCUGCAACCUUUUGCCAACAAAAAGGCAUUCUUAGCUGUAUUUUGCUUGACUAGCGUUCUACAAGGCAUGUAUUAUACAUAUUUUGUCAGUGUGUUGACUACCAUAGAGAAAUUAUUCCAAAUUCAGAGUAAGACUACGGGUAUUAUAAUGUCUGCUACUGAAAUUGGACAGAUUGGUGGUGCUCUAUUAUUAACAUAUUAUGGUGGCCAAGGCCAUCGGCCACAGUGGAUUUCUUGCGGAAUGUUUGUGUUUGCUGUCGCUUCUAUAUUAUGUUCCACACCACACUUUAUUUUUGGUACUGGAGAGGACGUUUCUAGUAAAUAUUUUGACAACGAUCAUCCGAAUGCUUCAACGUAUAAAUUGCGUGAAUUAAACGCAAGAUUGUGCCACGACAUGAGGAAUUAUACGAAAGGUAAUGCUUCGUUUUCAACAAAAUUGUUGAGCUCAGAGCCAUCUAAGAUAAUUGCUCCUCGAGAUAUACCAACUACUGCUGGUCCGAAGUCAAUAGGAAACACAACAGAUGUAGAGGAGUUAGUCCAUGUCUCUAAAAAACACUUUUAUAAAGGCCGCAUAGCGUCGCGUUGUGAUUCUCCUGACAAUACAGCUCAUCAAACACGGAUUAGACACACUGUUUUAUCUAUUUUCUUUGCUAGUCUUUUAUUUAUUGGCAUUGGAGCUACUGCAGUGUAUACUUUAGGCAUACCGUACAUUGAUGACAACGUUGCAACUAGAGAAUCACCUUUAUAUUUUGGUAUCACAAUUGGAGUGCGAAUUUUUGGACCUGUAUUCGGUUUUCUACUAGGAUCCUUUUGUACUAGCAUAUAUGUGAAUUUUCCACUUGGCAAUCCAGGUAUAACAUCCGAUGAUCCACAAUGGAUUGGUGCGUGGUGGCUUGGAGUGUUUAUUGUAGGUGCUGCACUGAUUCUAACUUCUUUGCCAAUGAUGUGCUUUCCCAGGAGACUGCCUUCACAGAUAAGCAGAAAUAAUGAAGCCGUAUGUCCUAACCACGUUCUUCAUCAGCCACCUGUUAGCCAACCGAGGAAGCCCAAGAAACCCAGCCUAAAAGAUUUUCCUGCAGCUAUGAAAAGAUUAUUGAAAAAUGACAUUCUUCUGUACAGAACAGCUAGCAGUGUUUUGCACAUAUUACCUAUUGCGGGACUAUACACUUUCCUACCGAAGUACCUUGAAAGCCAGUUUCAGCUUAGUGCGACAAAGGCCAAUAUGAUCUCAGGUAUGGCUGGCAUUUUGGUAAUGGGUGCAGGAAUCUUUGCCAGCGGCACUUUCAUGCGUACUUUCAAACCCAGUGCAAGGUUCGUCGCAAAAUGGAUAGCAGCAUCGGCUCUUGCAUAUUCGUUAGGUAUGGUCAUCUUGAUGUGGCUUGGAUGUCCUUUGAAUGAUUUUGUUGGACUCAAUGAUACAGGAAAACCAGGUUUAGCUCUGCAAGCAUGUAACACAACGUGUGAAUGUCGACUGGGAGAAUUUGCACCUAUCUGUUCCUCCGAAGGCAUAACUUAUCUUUCUCCUUGUGUUGCUGGAUGCACUAAAGUUAUAGCAGAAGGUGAUGAUUAUACAUAUACGGAUUGCCAAUGCUUAGGAAAAAAUGUAACUGCCAAAAAUGGAUUUUGUCCUCUUCAAUGCAACAAUCUGACUUGGUAUAUUGUCAUUUUCUCGAUUUUUGUACUCAUUCAUUCCACAUCAGAAGUUGGAUCCAUGCUUCUCACAUUGAGAUGUGUUGAUCCCAAAGACAAGGCUAUGGCUUUAGGAUUGAUAUCUUUCGCCAUUGGAUUAUUUGGUAAUGUGCCGUGCCCUGUGAUUUAUGGUGCAGUUGUUGAUUCAACGUGCCUUUUCUGGGAAGAUAACUGCGGCGAUCCUGGAGCAUGUCGCCUUUAUGAUCCUGAAAAAUUUCGUAUGAUGUUUCAUGGUUUGACAGCGUUCAUCAUGCUCGGAGCCUUUUUUGUGGACUCGAUUGUCUGUUACAAAGCAUCAUCAGUACGGUUCCAUGAUGACGAAGGGCCUGUCGAAGUUAGGACACCACCAUUGCCUGCACCACCUCAAUCUGAAUCUGCUGUCUGAAUACAGAACUCUAAUGCCGUCUGAUUAUCUAAAAGUACUACUGGUGAUAUUGUCAUAGUACUAAUGUUGCAUUUUCAUUAUUCUUCAGAGGCAAACAUACAUUCAUAUAACAUGGAAAACUGAUUGACUAUUUUGUAUUUGUUAUGAUGUGCAUGUGCUUUCCUGUUCCUUUUAUCAGAAUCAAAAGAGAACAUAAUUUCAAAUUUAUUUUUAAAAGAUAGGAUGAGUGUCCUAUAGUUAAACUGAUUUAAACUGUAAAAAUUCGCUUGGAAUAUGUGCAUUAAAAGAAAAUGCAGAUAUAUCUUAAUAUAUGUACAAAUUCUCUUCAAGAGGAAAUUACGUCUUCGAAAAAUGAUUGAAAGAAAGCCAUUUUGUUUUUAAUUUAUGCUCCAGAUUUAUUGUCUCCAUGGGCAUUUUAUUCUGGAAGUGUACUUACUAAACUAAAUAAAUCUUACUUAAAGUACAACA